AUGCAGACAAAUCACCGACCAAUCAUUCAGUGUACUGCAUUUCAAAAGCUGGGACUCUCAUGUGCACCAUGGCACUCGUCCAAGAGUUCGCGCCAUUUGUCAGAGUCAAUGGUAUUAGUCCAGGAGUUGUGGCCUGUAAAUAAUGAUGCGUCAACAGCGUGCGUUACCAUGGAAACUAGAAAAGCAGAUGUUCUUUCAAAGGUUCCCAUGAAUCGUAUGGGUGAACCUUAUGACGUUGUUAAGGCAGUGGAGUUCCUUUCUUGCGUAUCCUCUGCGGGGUAUAUCAGUGGCCAAGUGAUUCGCGUGGACGGAGGCAGAUCUUUGAGUCAGUAG